AUGCCUUUCCUCCUGGGUCUCAGACAGGACAAGGAAACCUGCAUGGGUGUCAACAAUCAAAGUUACAUAUGUGAAACGGGCCACUGUUGUGGACAAUCCCAGUGUUGCAACUACUACUAUGAACUCUGGUGGUUCUGGCUGGUGUGGACCAUCAUCAUCAUCCUCAGCUGCUGUUGUGUGUGCCAUCACCGACGCACCAAGCAUCGUCUCCAGGCCCAGCAGCGGCAACACGAGAUCAACCUGAUCGCUUACCGGGAAGCCCAUAACUACUCAGCCCUGCCAUUUUAUUUCCGUUUUUUGCCAAAUUAUUUACUACCUCCCUACGAGGAAGUGGUGAACCGACCGCCGACCCCCCCGCCGCCCUACAGUGCCUUACACCAGCAGUGCGUCCCAGCAGGCAGCAGUAGCACAGCCCCGGACACGCCGCGAAACCUGCAGCCGGCGCAGAGCGGCUCAGCAGCGCCCAGCGGCAAUAACAGCAGCGCUGACA